GCGCAGGUGAGCAACAUGCAGACCAACAUGCAGACCAACAUGCAGAGCAACAUGCAGAGCGACGCGCAGAGCAACAUGCAGAGCGACGCGCAGAGCAACAUGCAGGUGAGCGUCGAGUCGUUGAAGGCGGGCCAACGCGCGGAGUUCGCCGCGCAGAUGCUGCGCGAGGGCGCCCCCGUCAGCGACGAGGGCGCCGACAUGCUCGCCUCCAUCCAGCAGCGGCAGCAAGAGGCGCUCGCCGCGGCGGCUACCGACAACAUGUCCAUGCAGCGUCGCAUCACCCUCGCCGCCGAGCAGCGCCGCGCGCUCACCGUCCUCGCCGAGAAGCGCGGUUCGUCCUCCUCCCUCCACGCGGCGCAGGCGCAUCCCGAGUCUGAACUCGGCCUCGGGCUCGGGAUGCAGAUCCAGAUCGCCGCGCAGGACGCAGUGUACGACAAGACGGUUCACGCGAUCAAGACGUCGGGGUCCAGAGGGUUGAUCAACCUUCCGGAUGUAGUCACCGACGCGAUGAUGGGCGAUACCGUGUCCGACGUCGUGCUCUCGAGCGGCAUCGACUUUGGCGACGACGACGAGCUCAAGGCGGACGUGAAGAAGGCUGCGAUGUCGACGUCCAACGGCGGCAUGGCGGCUGUGACCGCGCCGGCGUCCAACGGUUCGAUUGGCAAAAAUAUGACGGCGUCGGCGAAGGCUUUCGUCCCCGGAGAACUCUUGUCCGGGAGCCUGAGCAACUCCGCCGAGCCCAUCGCCGUGAUCGAAUCGUUGGGGCCGAAGACGUCGACGUCGGGCGACGCGAACAACACGAUAACCAAUCCGGUCGAACUGUUGUUCUGAGCGCGAGGGUCGUUCGAUCCGCGGCGGCGGGGCGGCGAGAGGGAGGGAAGGGGGGAAACUGUCGACUCGUUGUCGACUCGUUGCCCACCCACCUGCCCGCCCAACACGCGCACAGACACACACGAAUCGCGAGGCGAUACGGAGGGAGAGGGGACGUCUACGGCCUUCGCAGACCCCUCGACCUCGGCGCCCGCCAAACACACGAAAGAAGCGACGCCUUGUCGCUCAGAUGCAUCCCUGCCUUGUUUUAUUUCCUUACAAAACUCUGACUGCGACGGGAUUGACGCACCGGGAGGGUUGAGCGGCCAAAAGACCACGACGGACGCCGCAAAACCCACGCACCCUCCCGCGUCACCGACGCCCCCUUUGAAAUACAAAGAAGCGAAAGUCAUAAGAU